AUGCAAUAAUACUUACAUAUUUCUUGUCCUUAUAAUCCUUAACAUAUUAUACUACCAGAUAGAUUGAUUUUCCAUCUCUCCAAUGAAUGUAAGGAUAGUAUAACAUAUAAAAAUGAAUAGAAUAACAUUUAAUAAGAUUUCCUUAAAAUUUUUAGAGGUCAAGUAUUCUAUUUUUAUUUAUUUAGUUAUCUUUUCAAUUAAACAAAGAAGAAUUAGAAAUAAAUAACAAUCUAAUAACACAAGUGAAUUCAUCAAAUACUGAUAUUUAAUUCGAAAAAUCUAUUUCCAAGAUAAAUGAAGAAAAUUAAAUUUAAACAUAAAAAUAAAUGGAUAAUUAAUUAAUUGAUUAAUUUAAUAAUCUAAAUCUAAGCUAUCAGAAUUAAAAAUUGAUAAAACAACAAAAUAACCUUAAUGAGGAUGUAGACAUGAUUUGA